UUUCUCGAGUUCUUCCCCACUCCCUCGCCCCCCCGGUUCGGGACCCCAGCCUGGCGCAUUACCGCCCCUGUAAACCUUCAUCGGGGAGAAAUCACCACCAUCCGCCUGCUUGCAAAGCCGGUCGUCUCGACGCCCUUCUUGUAUCUCAGGGAAUUCUGUCAAUGGUUUGGGUUGAGGGAGCUGAUAAGAUUCAAUACUCGAGUAGACUAUGUUGGCAUGGUGGGUUCUGCAGAGUCUGGCGACAAGAUGAAGUGGAUUGUUAGAUCCAAAGAGAAGAAAUGUGGAAAGGUUAUGGAAGAGAUUUUUGAUGCAGUAGUUGUGGCCACUGGGCAUUAUUCUCAGCCAAGGAUGCCAAACAUCAAAGGAAUGGAUGUUUGGACAAGGAAGCAAAUACAUAGCCAUGUAUACAGAGUUCCUGAGCCUCACCGUGAUGAGGUGGUGGUAGUAGUUGGGAGUUCACUAAGCGGCCAAGACAUAUCAUUGGAACUUGCAACGGUAGCAAAAGAAGUGCAUAUUAGUUCGAAAUCUUUAGAAAUCACGGAGGGCUUAUCAAAGGUCAUUUCCAAAUAUCAAAACCUACACCUACAUUUACAGAUAGAGUCUCUUUGUGAAGAUGGACAGGUUUUAUUUGUUGAUGGCUCCUCUGUGAUUGCUGAUUCUAUCAUUUACUGCACAGGGUAUUCCUAUUCAUUGCCGUUUCUUGACACUAAAGGAAUGAUUGUGGUAGAUGAUGAUAGAGUGGGCCCUUUGUAUGAGCAUACAUUCCCUCCAUUACUUGCUCCAUCUCUCUCUUUUUUUAUGAUUCAUAAAUAUUAUUGAGCUU